CUCGCCGUCAGGGUCUUCGCGUUUCGUCACCGCUGCUGAUCAUUUCAGUAGCCUGGCCCCUUCCGCGACCGAUUCAAAAGGCGCACUGCCUUGAAGCAUUUUUUGCCAGAGGUCGCCAUUCGCGCUAUUUGACACGGCGCUUUUCACGACUGGCCUGCUCACCCCCGGGGGGGAGCGAAAAUCCGGCUUGCCGGGCAGCACACAAGCGCAUCCGACUCAAUCGGCGCUUGUUGACAGCUUUUUAGCGAUAAGACAAGUCCUCCACGUAUAUAGACCUCGUCGUUCACGGUUUGGAAAGUUCACGGUCUCUGCGCAAGCGCGAGAGCCGUGCCAAAGGCCGCAAUGAUGGCUCAGACCUUCUCUCCGCAUCCCGGCGGUCUGCCCCAACAUCACGGCGUCGCUCAUGGCCAUCCCAUGGUCCCAGGACACCUUUCGAACCAUGGACAACCCGGCGGCCAGCCUCCGGGCCAAGGUAUACCUCAACAGAUGCAUCCUGGAGUUUCAGGACCGAAUGGGCCUCAAGGUAGCCCAGCAGCGCAUAUGAUGGGCGCCAUCCCGCCGGGCGCUGCCCCAGGCAUGAUGCCAGGUGCAGGCCCAAAUGCGCAUGCUUUAUCGCAUUUAAAUCCGGCAGGACAGGCGCAAAUGUUUCAACAACAUCAGCAGCAGCAGAUGGCUCAAGCGUUGGCCGUUAAUCCUCAGCUCUUUCAACAACAUCAGCAGCAACAGCUGCUUCGCCAGCGACAGGCUAUGCUUCAACAGCAACAACAUAACAAUGGCAUGCCAAUCGCUCUACCGAAUGGUGCUAAUCCAGCCGCUGCUGCGCAAUUCGCAGCGAUGCAAGCAAACCCAAAUAUGCGGCCGGUAAACCUUCCUCAACACAUGCAGCAACAACAAAUACAAAUCCAGGCUGCGGCCGCAGCUCAGCAUCAGCAGCAGCAAGCGCAACAGCAACAACAGCUCCUCGCUCAGCAGAUGGCAUUGCAACAAGCGGCAGCUGCACAGGCAGGCAAUCAAGUACCUCCCGGCCAACAGGCGCCCAUGCGGCCCCCAUCGCAAAUGGCUGGUGCUCAUCCACAACCUCCUGCAUCGGCGGCAGCAGUCGCCGCUGCAGCGGCACAACAACAUGCUGUUCAGCAGCAACAGCAACAGCAAGCGCUGCAACAACAGCAGCAAGCUCAGGCUCAGGCUCAGGCCCAGGCUCAACAGCAGCAGCAGCAGCAGCAACAACAACAACAACAACAGCCACAACCACCUCAACAGUCAGCACCCUCUCAACAGCCACAGGGAACGCCUCAGCAGCCCCAAGCACCCCAGCCGCAGCAGCAUACGCCACAGCAGCAACAUGCACCUACGCCUCAACAACAGGCUCAGCAGAUCCCGGCACAGCCGGCACAACCUGCGGCUCAGCAAGUGGGACCGCAGCAAGCUCCCCAAGCGCCCGGCCAACCGCAGAAUCCGCAGCAAGCCAUGCAGCAACAGGCUGCCGCACAACAACAAGCGCAGCAGCAGAUUCAACAGCAAAGGCAGCAACAGCAACAGGCCCAACAAAUGCAAGCUCAACAGCAACAGCAACAGCAGCAAGCAGCUGCGGUCGCGGCCAUGAUGCAGCCUCGCUUGCCGAAUGCUAUCAAGGGAAAUGCUGUCUUGAAGCUUAUGCAUUUUGCGGAUCAUCUAACAAGAGCUGUGUCCCAAAGUAGGCACACUGAUCUUGGUUACUGGCAAGACUUUGUCGACAAAUUCUUCUCUCCACUGGGUGUAAUGCGGCAGUCUGUUUGGAACUCUGUCGACCGAGCAACAAAACAAUUUGAGAUACCCAAUCCUGCUUUGCCGCGGUUUUAUUGGACCCAUUUUGACAGUGGAGUCCGCAAUCUUCAAAUGAUCUUGGAGAAUGCUCGAGAAAUGGAGCUUCCCAAUGGCUAUCACAUUGUCGAAAGCAACAAAGCUAGCUAUAUAUACUGGUUUGAUAACGACUGUCAAUUGGUAUCUACUGGACCAUUACGCGGACUUUUUGAUCAAAACGGCAAGCUUGAGCUGUUGGAAUUCAUCAACACCGAGCACCGGGAAUAUGUCGCUCGAUCUCAGCUGACGCCCACCACACCGGCCGACGCUCAGGAAACAAAGCUGUCUCCAAAAGCAAUGAAGUCAAUGAGCAAGCAGCAACGGAAUCAGCAGAAGCUGCAGCAACAACAAGCGCUGCAGCCACAGAUCCAUGUUCCAGAAUCUCAAGUCAAUCCAUACGGCAUGACGGAUGCCGUUAUGCAGUAUCUUGAGCUCAACGAAACCCUUUCUCAAAUGCAACAACUCUUCUCAUUUGCUCAGCAAAAUCCACAUCUCUCACCAGUGGAAUCCCUUCAACAACUUGUCGGCCUUCAGCAACAACAAGUCCAUCAACAACAACAGCUUCAGCUUCAGCAGCAACAGCAACAGCAGCAGGCGCUGCUAUUCCCUCCAAACAAUGCCCUGGUUCUUCAACAACCGCCUGGGCCUCGGACUCCCGGCAUGAAUGGGCCUAAUCAGUUUGCUUCACCAUCGGCGGGUCCGCAUCUUCAGCUUCCCACCUCUGGCAACCCAACUCCAUCCCCCGCACAGGCUCACAUGCAGGCACCGGGCCUAGUUCCGCAACAUUCGCAACAAGGCACAAACUCAAGUCAAGGCACGAGUGCCAACACCAGUCCAAACGCUACCAAUAAACGGCGUCGCGCGAGCACUGUCAAGGCGGACCCUGAUGACGGGCCUGGUGGAGCACCUGAAGUCAAUGGUGCAACAAAGGUGAAGGCCAGUCCACGUGUUGGCGGCAAACGCCAAAAAGGAAGUUGAUGCUUUUUGAUUAAUGGAGAGGAGAAUCGAGCUCGCUUGGGUCCAAUCGGAACGAAUAUAUCUAAUCAACCAUACAUAGAGACGUGUUAAUGAAGGCGUCAGUGUCUUUGGUGUGUUCAUGAUGGAGAGAAGGCAGG